AUGGUUGUUUUCUCUGUCCACCUCCUCUCCUUAAGAGUCUUCAUUUCUUGCAUAGGACUUGUGGGUAAUGUGUUUCUCAUCUUCGCCAUCCUUCAGACCAAGCUCUCCCGAGUCAAAUCCUUCGAGUUUUUUCUCCUGGGACUGGCUGCAGCCAACUUGGAGGGAAUUGUCGUCGUGAACAUCUACGAUAUUGUCAUCCUCCAGAUUUCCUCGACCGCCAUCAACACUUGGUUGUGUAGCACACUCAAGUUCCUGACUGUGUUGGGAGAAAUCACCACCAUCCUCUUCACCGUCCUCAUCAGCAUCUUCCGCCAGCAGAAGCUGAGAGACGCCAGCAAACGGGUCAACCUCCCAAUCUACCUGGACAACAUCAAGUCAGCCUGCAUGGUGAGUGGGAUUUGUGUGAUGCUCGCCACCAUACUGAGUCUCCCAGUUUUUGCUCUGAACUCUCAGGGCUCUACAGGAAACACGACAAGUAACAUUAGCAGCUGCCCUCCGGAUUUCUUCGCGUGCAGUGGAACUGACUGCCCCGUACUCAACGGCGUUUACAAAUACAUGUUCAUCCUGGUGUGCUACCUGCUGCCUCUGCUCAUCGUCACAGUCACCAGCUGCCUCAUCAUCAUGGUGCUGCUGAGCCAGAGGAAGGUGGUGACACCGGUGGUAAGCGUGAGCGGAGGGAGUCACUUGGGUAAGAAGAGCAAAGCUUGGAGGCUCCAUCAAAGCACAGUGGCCGUGCUGGCAGCUAUGGGUUUGUUCCAGGUAGACUGGACUCUGUACCUGAUCUUCCAGCUGACUGUUAGCCCCGCUGAAUUUCCUUUAUGGGCUGAAACUGAGUUCUUCAUCUCGACUUCAUACACGUCCAUCAGUCCGUACGUGUACGGGAUAGGAAACAACCUGUUCUCUCUCAAGAAAUUUAGAAACAAGUAA